AUGUCCCGUACAACGAGGGCAAAUCAGUCGUGCGUAUCUGGGAUAGGAGACGAGCUUCAAAAGUAUUUUGAAUCUCCUGGUUUCAUUGCCACUAUGAAGAAAGUGGUUGUUGAUGUUUUAAAGGAAGAAUCUUUUCAACAAAUGAUAAAGGAUGCUGUCGAUAGUGCGGUGUCGAAAGCUGUUGGGAAUCUAAACAAUAAAUUGGUCGAAGUGGAUUCGCUAGCUCAGCGAUUAAAUACUAUGGAGGAAAUUGUACGUGGCUUUGAAUCAAAGCUAUUGUUGGUACAAAAUGCUUCAGAGUCUGCUUUACUGAAAGCAAACGACAACGAACAGUAUUCGAGAAAAUAUAACCUUCGAUUUGUGGGUAUCGAAGAGAAGACGGGUGAAAAUUGUGUUGAUUUGAUCGUGACAUUUUGCAACGAAAAAUUGGGAGUGGCUGUCAAUGUAAAAGAUAUUGAUCGAGCGCACCGUAUCGGAACGAAGAAUGCUGGAAAGCCGAGGGCCAUAAUCGUGAAAUUCAAGGAUUAUAACUCAAAAAUGAUAGUUUGUUAG